AUGACUGGGACACAGAGAGAGAGCUUUGACGUAACGGACUAUGACUGGGACACAGAGAAGAGCAGCGACCUAGGUUCAGUAGUGAGCGGAUCAUCACCUUUGAUCCGUGGAAACUCGGUAAGCGUGAAGGAUAAACGGACAGGUCUCGCGAAGCGGCUCGCCUCUAUUUCUGACCAGGUGAAGCUCUUCACAUCUGUCUCUCGAGAGAGUAGGCUAGCUAGAUCAGACCGGCGUAAGUCAACGGCCUUUGAAGGGCUCAUGUUCAUCAGUAAGGCUGACGCUGCUACCGGCUGGACCGCCGUGGAAAGGCGCUUUGAUGAGAUCACGGGCACUAGUGGUGGCUUGCUGCCAAGGUCAAAAUUUGGACAAUGCAUCGGGAUGGACUCGGUAGACUUUGCACUGGAACUGUUCGAUGCAUUAGCUAGAAGACGGCAUAUUACAACAGAUAUAAUCGAUGGCGACCAGUUAAGGGAGUUCUGGGAACAAAUAAGUGAUCAAAGCUUUGAUACCAGGCUUCAAACCUUCUUUGACAUGAUUGAUAAAGACGCCGAUGGUAGAUUAACUGAAGACCAAGUCAAACAGAUCAUCAACCUUAGUUCAUCCACCAACAAUUUGCCGAACAUAAAAAAAAAGACAGAAGAAUAUGCAGCAAUGAUAAUGGAAGAGCUUGACCCAGAUGAUGUGGGAUACAUCAUGAUAGAGAGUUUUGAGACCUUGCUUUUGCAUGCGGAAACACAACAUAUACGCAGGGAUAGUGAAGACAGCAAGAGGCUAAGCCAAAUGCUAAGUCUAAAGCUUAAGACUACUCGUGACCCUAAACCGUUAAAGAGAUGGUACAGUGGACUGAGACACUUCGUAUCAGAUAGCUGGCAAACGGUGAGUACUUUUAGGUUCAACAUUAUCAAUAAUCUUAAAUCUCAUGAUUGA